AUGAGUGAUAACGGGAGUGGACAUACACUGACAGUAGAAAAAUUUUAUAAUACUGAAGAUGAUGAGUUGGAGAGUAUACUGAAUAGGAGGAUGGAGUCUAAUGAGAAGAAAUUGUUUUUGAUUGAACUAAGCAAGUCGGAGGCAGAGCGUACGUCUGAGCCUACUGAUAAAAAUAAAGCAGAUCGAGUGCAACAGAGAAUAGACAAAAUAUGGAAUGUGUAUGAAGUUGGCGGUGUGUCUGACUUGUUGCUGGAUAUGAGUGACGAAGAAAGAAAGUUGGUGCUGAAGCAGCUGGGUCAUAAACACGAAAUUGAUGCCUUGAUCUAUGUUGGCACUAAGAAGGUAUAUAAUAAUGCAAAAAAAAGAAAGGACGAUGUGAAAAGAAUAUUUGAUGCAAUUGAUGAUGAACGGAGGAAAGAAUUGUUGAAUGAUACUAUUUAUGAAGAUGUGCUUAGUUCGUAUAAGUUUAAGAAUCUGAUGAAAGUACUGAAAGAAGCAUCAGUUGAGUAUAAGAAAAUAGCAGAUAUGCUACUUGGUGUUAGAGACAAGGACUAUGUAGCACUUAUGAUUAACUAUAUAUCAUUGUGUAAUGGAGAUGAGUAUUUGGCGAAUAUAUUGCUGAGCAUUGAUGAUGAUGAUGAUUUGAAAAGCGUGAUUUCUGAUCUUAGAUAUUGGACGACAUUAGCUGCAAGCAUAUUGAGUGGAGCUGAUGAUAUUGAUAAGCUUAGCAGAUCGUUAAAUAUUAUUAAGUCAAGUGGGAUUAGCGAGGAAGAUAUGAAAACUGUGUUAGAUAAGCUUGUGAUCAAUAAGAAUAUUGUUAGUGAGUUGAUAGAUAAGCCGGAGGAAGAGCAGAAUGCAAUACUGAAAGUAAUUGAUAAUAUACAACUAGCUGGUAAAAUAAAGUAUGAAAUCGAAGAAGCACAAAGAAUAAAAAGUGAGCAAGAUGAGCAAGAUGAGCAAGAAAAGGAGAGAAGGAAGCUAAAGAUAGCGGCAAUAGUAAUACCAGUAGCGGUGAUAGUGAUUGAGGCGGUGAUUACAAGAAAGAGUAUAAAUAAUGCACUAAAUAAUGGACAUUCAAUGAGUGAUGAAGCAGUGAUAAGUAGGAUAGCGAUGGCAGCAGUGGCAAUGCUAAUGAUGCUGAGUAUGAUUGUAUAUGUGAAAUGCGCAAAUAGGCCUGUGUGGUAUGACAGAUUGAUGAUAGGAGGAAGUGUAGUGAUGGCGCUGGUAAGAGUAAUGAUGUGUGUAGUGAUGGCGCUGGUAAGAGUAAUGAUGUGUGUGUUUGGAGGAAUGAGAGUGAUUAUGGUGGUGAUGAGAGUGAUUAAUGUGGUGAUGGCAGUGAUGAGUUUGGUGAUGGCAAUAGCGAGUGUAGUAGCGUUUAUUAACAGUAAGAAUAAUAACUCUAAGAAUGAUCGAGAAGAUGAGAUUAGUGAUGCAAGCAAGAAUGCAGGUGGAAUAGCGAAGAGUGUGAUUGUUGUGCUGAGUGCAUGUGUAAUGGCAAUUACAGGAUGGGUGAUACAGAUUAUGGAUAUGAAUGUGAGUAGUGGCAUGAAUAAUGAAAUGCUGCAGUAA